AUGGAUGAAAAGAAAGGAAGAAUCAUCACGAUUUUCGGACGUCAAUUUAACAGCGUGAUUUUGCUGACUCAUUUUAAUAUAUUUUUAUAUGCUACUUGUUUUUGGAUUCAACAAGGAGUUCUGCCAUAUCUGUCCAAGAAGUUAUCGGUGGAUCCUGUGACGUUUGGGUAUCUACAGACUGUGUUUGCAGGUGUUCAACUGGCUGGGGGACCACUGUUUGGUCGGUUCGGAGAUCUGUUUGGGAGCAGAGCAGCCAUGACUCUUGCCUUCACAUCUUGUGCAUUGACCUAUCUUAUUAUGGGCUUUGCUUAUAGCAUUCCCAUUUUAUUUUUGUCCCGUCUUCCAAGUGUAUUGAUGCAUUGUAUGCAAGGCGGUCAAAUGAUAGUAACAGACAUAGAAGAAUCAGGAAAGAGAGCUGAUGCUAUUGGGAAAUUAGGCUUGUCCUAUGGUAUUGGUAUGGUUGUUGGACCUUUAAUUGGUGGACUUAUUACCAAACUUGCUGGGCUGGAAGCAGCUGCAUUUGUAGCAUUUGGUGGCUCAGUGGUUAGCAUUGUUUUAGUUCAAAUGUUCAUACCGUCCUGUACCAAAAAACAGCAUGUUAAACUGAAAGCUGAUUCAGCAAGUAAUGUGUUUGACAUGAAGAAGUUCUUGGAAAUCAUCCGAUCUCCAGGAGCAUUGUUCCUGCUACUCGUUAGAAUGGGAACAGGUUUGCCUAUAGGUAUUUUUCAAAGCAUGUUCUCAAUUGUUGCCAUAGAAACAUUUAAACUUGAAGCAGAUCAAAAUGGCUACAUUAUGUCCUAUAUUGGCAUUACGUCUAUGGCAGUACAAGGUUUAGGAGUGGGUAUCUUAACCAGUAGAUAUACAGAAGAUAAUAUAUUAAAAGGCUCCUGUAUCAUCUUAGUCUUCAGCUACUUUUUAUUGUCGUUUGUUGGUAGUAUAUGGCAGUUUUGUCUGGUUGUUCUACCAAUGUGUAUUGGGCUGACCAUUAAAAAUGUGGUCAUCACCAGUGCCUUAACUCGUACAGUUUCAGAGGCUGAUACAGGUGCAAUGAUUGGAUUGAAUAUGGGAGUGAAUUCGUUGAUUCGUACGGUUUCUCCGACUAUUGGAGGGUAUAUGUUAGCUAGUUAUGGGUUUCCGUCGUUUGGUGUAUUUGGAACAUUUGCAUGCUCUGUUGUCACUGUUGUUUUGUUUCUUUACAAAAGAUGA